CUACCACGAAGUGAGUGUCCUAUCAACCUUUUGUUUUCCUCAAUUAUCUCUAGAACCUUGUGGGUGUCAUGAAGCCGCGCUCGGAAUGGAAAGCGGUGCAAUCUCUGAUGGCCAGAUCACGUCUUCGUCACAGUGGGAUGGCAAUCAUGCUGCUAUCCAAGGAAGGCUACACUUUGAGGCCGGUGGUGGCAAAGCAGGAGGGUGGACAGCUGGAAAAAAUGACGCCAACCAAUGGUUGCAAGUUGACCUGGGUAGUGAGUACUGUAAAGUAACACGAGUGGCAACGCAAGGAAGAAAUAAUUAUGAACAGUGGGUGACAAAAUACAAACUCCAAUAUAGUAACGACGGAGUGCACUUCCAGUACUACAGGGAACGAGAACAAACUGCGAACAAGAACUUUGUUGGAAACUUGGAUCAAGACACUGUUGUUUCUCAUGACCUGAAUCCGCCAAUCAAGGCACGCUAUAUCCGUUUUCGACCAGUGGCUUGGCAUGGUCACAUAUCAAUGAGAGUGGAACUCUACGGCUGUAAAGUUCUCAAAACAUUGACUGAAAGGAAUAAUUUUCAAAGCAUAAAAAAGCUUUGCACAGCUAAGCCACAGAUACUUCCAUAUAAAUCUUUAGUAAGCCCACAAAUUAUUGUAUCUCUAGAAUGCCAAGAAGCUCUCGGAAUGGAAAAUGGUGUAAUCUCUGACGGACAAAUCAGCGCCUCUUCACAAAUGGAUGCCAAUCAUGCUGCAAUCCAGGCGAGAUUACACUUUGAAACAGGUAGUGGCAAACAAGGAGCCUGGUCAGCCAAAAGCAAUGAUGUCAACCAAUGGCUACAAGUUGACAUGGAUUGUGAGAAUACCGCGGUUACCAAAGUAGCAACGCAAGGAAGAAAUUCUUAUGGCCAAUGGGUGACCAAGUAUAUGUUACAAUACAGUAAUGAUGGAGUGACCUUUCAGUACUACAAAGCACGAGGACAAACGGCGGAUAAGGAAUUUCCUGGAAACAACGAUCAGGACACUGUUAUUUCCCAUCAACUCGACCCACCAAUCAGAGCCCGUUAUAUUCGCUUUGGACCAGUGGCUUGGCAUAGACAUAUAUCAAUGAGAGUGGAACUGUACGGCUGUGAAGGUAAUAAAAAGCAUUGAGCCACUUCACAUUCCCUGAAGAAUUUUUGCUUUUUACGUCACUAAAUUGUCCUAAAAUGUGCACACGUGAAGAGAAGUGGACAAUGAAGACGUUAAGAGACAGCUACCAUUUAAACACGCACUUUAUAACUUCUUAAAAAGAUACAGUAAUGGUUUUAUCGGUCGCCAAUUAUGAACAAUUAUCUGUAUUAUUUCCUCCUCUAUUUCUCCUUUGUAAUAAAAUAAGCAGCUUACGUUAAUCUGUAUUUGAAAGCUUUUUACGUAAUUAAUAAGAAAAUGCUGGCGAAUCGAAUA